GCGGUUCCUACGUGGACCGAGGCGCCCAACACGGAAUCGACAAAUGGGUCGACGAAACGCGAGUCAUUAUCAUGGACCGAUUCACUCAUGGAUGAUUCCGAUAAUUCGAUGGCGACCUCACGCUUAUCGACGACGUGGACGACGAAUCGAUCACGAGAGGGACGUCGACGAAGCAAAGACCUUUUGAAGAUGUUGCAUCAAGUGCAAGCGGAUCUUCUUGUGAAGAAGGAGUUGGUGGGUCAGUUGGAGAAGUCCGAAGUGGAGUAUACGCAAAUGCGGGAAAGCUAUGAAGAAAAAUUAGACGCUCUGCAAGAUCAUUUAUUAGAAAUGCAGAAACAGCGAGAUUUAGCGUAUCGCAAGGCCGGAUUCAGGACGCAAGCACCGCAAACAGUGCUGCAACUUCGGGAAGCGCGUCAAGCGCAAGAAGUCCGACAUUCAUAUGAAGCCAAGAUGAAACGCCUAACGACCGAGAAUCAUGAUCUUCGACGCAAAUAUACCCAAGCGACCCAGACCGUGGAAACGGCCAAGAACAAGGCCGAAGGGCUGAUUCGCCGCUUACGUUCCGACAUUGAAUCACUGAAAUCCGACAAGAAGCAGCUGCAGAAAGCGCUGCGUGUGGAAUCCGACAAGGCGCGUGAGUCGGUCAGCCACCUUGAACGCGAGAUCCAGCAAUUGAAACGGAAAGAAGCGAUGUCCGUGGAAGCUCACAAGAAAAUGGAAGACAUGUAUGAAACGCAAAAUCAAGCAUUGAAGAAACGGACGGACGAAGUGGCCGCCUUGAGUUCACAGUUACGACAACUCGUGGGGCAUUUGCGUCGCACCGCCAAUGAAGGCACGCUCAUGAAUGAAGCUGUACUGGAAAAACUGAUGAACGCUAUCCAGUAUCGUAGCACCAAGUCCCCUCAUCGUACCUCCAUGAUAGCAGAUUAG